AUGAGCAAGGAAGAGAUGGAGACGGCACUGAACAAGGCCAAAGAGAUCGUAUCCUCUUACCCUGUCGUUGUCUUCAGCAAGACUUACUGUGGAUAUUGCCAGAAGGUGAAGCAGUUGCUAAAACAGCUAGGAGCAAGUUUUGAAGUACUUGAGCUCGACGUGAUGAGUGAUGGAGGUGAGAUCCAAUCAGCUUUGUCAGAUUGGACUGGACAACGUACUGUUCCAAGCGUCUUCAUCAAAGGGAAACAUAUCGGCGGAUGCGAUAGAGUGAUGGAGUCUAACCAGAAAGGUAAGCUUGUGCCUUUACUUACUGAAGCUGGUGCUCUCGCCAAAAUCUCUUCCAAGCUUUGA